UAUCUUUUUUUUUUUUUUUAAUAGAGUGCAAAACGUGUAUGCAUGAACGCGCACGUCCACGCACGCAGACACACGCGCGCAGUUCGUUUAUUCACGAGCAUCAUGCCGAGCAGGACCAGUUUUCUGCAGCUGGGGGGCCAGAGGUGUCGGUGAACACACCGGCUGGACACGAACCUGUCCCUGGCUCUACCCGGAACCAUUAUGCAGACAGGAAACUACCAUUUUACCGCUAGCAGCAUCCGAGGAGCCGUCGUCUACUGAGGAGGAGGAGGGGGGGACACCUAAGCCUGAAACGGGGCGGAAAGCAGGCAGCUGGGGAGAGAAGCUGGGGGGGAAAACACGAGAGAAAACCCAACAAAAGGCUACGUGUUGCUGAAGAACAGCAGCAGAGCUGCAGGACUUCGGACUCAGACAAUGGACGUGCGGGAGCGGGCUAGCGGAAAGCGGUUUGAGUGAAAAGCAGCCCUCCCUGGGCCGAUGGAGAUCCGGGCCUUCCACUGGGCUUUUUUCAUGGAUGGAGAAAAAAGGCCCCGCUGACASACAGUAGGGACCCCGUCUUCGGAGCACACCACUACUCUCAUGUUCUCACACUUUUACCGUCGUGCUUCUGAGCUGGGGGGUUUUGCACCCACACGUCGCGUGGUACAAGGUUAUCAAGCUGAUAUAUUGUUUGUCGGCGGUCAUAGUGGAGUAUUUCCCCCCUCCUGUCCUGCACCUUCAGCCCUGCUGGAGUUUCAGACCUGUGGAUCAGCUGGCCCUCCAGAGAACCCCAUGUGAAGACAAAAAUCUGUUCAAGAAAUGGUUCCUCUUCCUCUGAAAUAACAGAGGCGCUCCGUUUGGUGGGACUGCUUGGCCUGAUUUUAAAAUCAGCGUUUGGAUAUGAAACACUUUAAAGAAACACUACAAACUUUGUUUUCCAAUAUAAUAUAGUGUAUUUCUCAUUUAUGGCAAGUUUUAUCACAACCCACUUGAAGCACUUGAAGGCUUCAUUCCUGAAUGAAGAGUAAACACAUUAGCUGUGCGUUUAUGUGUGGAAAAUCAAGCAUUGACUUUGGUGGAUUAAAGUCUCAGACUGUGUCAGAAAAUCAGACCUUUUAAGGUUUAAAAGGGCUUCUUGCUGUUUGUAGUGACUGUGCACCGUGUAGGUCUGCUGUAUUGGGAGAUGUUCCAGUUCAGCAAGUACCCCAUGGACAUUCUGGAGAUGCUAAGUGGACACCAAGCCCACCAGUUCAAAGGCCUUGGGUUAGAUAGACAACUGAGCCACCAGCAGCAGGUCCAGCUGCAGCACCAGCAGCAGCUCCAGCAGCAGCAUCAACCCUCCGCAGAAGCCUCUGGGAGCUUGUUGUCCGGACUCGGACUGGGAUCUCUUCAGACGUCUCGGAGCAAUGCCUUCGCCGAUUCCUCCUCGUUGUUUGCAAAAAUGACCGCCCCUCCCCCAUCCAUCUCCCACCAGAGCCAGUCGUCCUCAUCGUCCCACAGCUCCAGGAAGUCCAGUAAGAUCAGCAGCAGCAGUGUCAGUGGGAGUUCGACGUCAGGAUAUCCCCAGUUUCUGCGACCGUUUCAUCCGGCCGAGGCUGCGCUGGCUCAGGAGCAGCUCCACUCUGGGAUGGGUCGUUUCGACUUCAGCGCGAGCAGCAGUGGGGCGAGUGCUGGGGUGAUCGGGGUYACACCCGCACCUCCACCUCCUCUCCACCCUGGUCUGUCUGUACCUCAACCUUCCUCUGGCCCRUCGUCCUCUUCAGCUUCUCCCUCCACCUCUUCUUCAGCGUCCAACAACCCCUCCAGCAGCACUGCGGUCCCCUUAGUGGGCCAGUCUGACCCACGUAGCCUCCACCAGCAGUUCAGCUGCAUGCUUGCUGCCAACCAGUACUUCCUGUCUGGUGUCCCCACCAACAGCAGCCUAGAGCAGUUCCUCGUCCAGCAGGGCACCCACAACCACUUGGGUUUAGGGCUUGCCCAGGGGGCCGCCGAGUCCAACUCGGCCCUGGCCCCUCCCCCUGCCCUCCACUCCUCCCACAGCCACAGCGCCCCACAGCCUCAACAGCAACAACAGCAGCUAACCCCUCAUGCCUUAUCCCACCCACACAGCCACACUCACCACCCACACCCCCUCCACCCGGCCCCCCAGCCUGCCUCAUUGAGCAGCUUUGAUUUCCAAGGCAUUCCGGUGCUUUCCUCUAACCAGUUAGCAUCAUUAAUGCAGCAAGAGGCGGGCAUCCCCCUCCCCCUGCCUCUUCACCUGUCGCUCUCUAAAGACGACUCGACGAAGUCAGGAGACGGCUCGUCUGCGACGACUUCAGGUGGGGGAAGCAGGAGGAAGAAAGCGAUGGCUGGCUACCUGCCCCAGAGGAAAACGGACAACAGCAGCAGCAGUCACAGCAGCACUGUUAGUAACUGCCACAACAGCAGCUCGAGUGGGCUCAGCCAGAGCUCCUCUUCAGGCCUGGUGGGAGGAGGAUCUGGGGGAGUUGGGCUAAGUGGCAUCGGAAGUGAGACACAGCACUCCGCUCUGCUCUCAUCUUCCUCACAGCAGCAGCAGUCAUCUUCUACCGUCUCAUCUUCAUCUGCCCCCACAUCCUCUAACUCCUCUUCUGUACUUGUAACCAAUGGUAACCAACAACUGUCCAAAUCCCAAGAACGUCUCAGCAGCAGCUCUUCUAGGCAGCCUGAGCCAGAACCCGUGUACCACUGUGGUGAAUGUGGCAAAACCUUCACUCACCUCUCCAGCCUUCGAAGGCACCUCCGCAGCCACGGCCUGACGCCGGAAAGCCAAAGCAGGAAGUCGGACUGCAACUCUCCCAGUCCGGAGAGAAUAUUCUGCUGCGGCGAGUGUGGGAAGAGAUUCAAAAAGCGAGGUCACCUCAUCCAGCACAGCGUCACCCACUCAGAAAACCGGCCGUUCGUCUGCAGCAUCUGCCAGAAGUCGUUUAACCGCCGAGAAUCGCUCACGAGGCACGAGAAGAUUCACGACGAGAAGCCCUUUCGCUGCCCGGCGUGUGGGCGUUGCUUCCGCGAGAGCACUUCACUCCUGAACCACGCCGCUUCGGGCGCGUGUGGCAAACCGCCUCGCAGUUCUAAAAACCGGCCGAGCAGCGGAGGGAAUGCAAGAUCCAACCCGAGCAGCAGUAAAAUGGGGAACGGUGGAAACGGAGUGGGAAUUUCAAACAACGGAGUGCUGGCAGGUGACAAGUACGCAACAGAUUUUUCCAGAAAUCGAUACCAAAACCAAGCAGCUUAUAACACUGGGGUCGAUGACUACAGACGCUCACAGACUUCAACGCUGUACUCCUCAGAAAGUACAUUAGGCAACGUAAUGUCCAACCAAACUCUUCGAAAGGCCCCUUUAGCCCCAACUCUUCAUCCCCAUCCCCAAAGUCAGCAACAGCACCACCAUCAGCAACAGCAGCCACACCUUCCUCUGUCUUCCCUAUUGGAUGAUUCAGAGGAUGAGGUCACUAGCAGUGCAAUGUCAGCUAUUGCAGCUGCGGCUGCAGCCUCUUGUGAUAUCAAUGCAGAAGGCCGCGAUGGAGAGAGGAGGGACAUCAUUGGAGGCCUGCUGGGGGGGUUAGGUUUUGGUAACUUAGGUGGACCCUCAUCAACAUCUACCCUAAAUGGUUCCACCUUUCCUUUAACUCACCCCAGCUUACCCCAGGCGAAGCCAAAGAGGCCACGGAAACCCAGAGAGAAAAGGGACCCAAACACCAUCGUGAGGAGGAGGAGGAGCCCGGCACCUCCGGGGGACGGCUCGGAGAGGCCCUACGGUUGUCAGAUUUGYGGCAAACGCUUCCGGAGGGCAGAAACGCUCCGACGCCACAACCGCGUUCACACCGGAGAGAAACCCCACGGCUGCGAGGUGUGUGGCAAAAUGUUUCGAGAGCCCUUCCACCUCACCAAGCAUCUGACUGUGCACUCGGGUCAGAAGAACUACAAAUGCAAUCUUUGUGGGAAAAUGUUUGCCUAUGCACAGAGCCUCGUGAGACACGGGAAACUGCACAGAAAAGGUGAAAUCGACAACCAGGGCCGGAGGAUAAAAGGUGCYGCCGCCGCCAUCAGUCAAGUCGCCAAUUCAGGGAACUCUGACUACUUCUCAUCGUGUUCCCAAGAAGAGAAAUCCCCAACGUCUGGCACCCCGUCUCAGAGGCUCUACACCUGCACAGUGUGCUGGAAGUCAUUCCGCCACUAUUUCCACCUUACAGCACAUCAACAGACUGUCCACGGUGGUGGGGUGGGGCUGGAGAAGUCCUAUCGGUGYGAGGUGUGUGGCAAAGCCUUUGCUUACUCCAACAGCUUAGUGCGGCACAAGUUAUCUCAGCAUGGCAUCGACCGCAGUGGCCAACGUGUCAACCAGUCUCAGCCGUCCGGAUACUCGCCGCUCUUUUAUGACUCCAGCUCAGGUUCAAACUAUGCUGGAUCGUCCCACAUGCAGCAAGGGGUCUCAGAGCAGCAACCGCAACAACAACCUCAACAGCAGCCGCAACAACCACCACCACCACAACAACAGCAACAACAACAACAACAACAACAACAAAUACAACACCCUUUUCACUACCACGCAACAAACUUCCAAAAGCGGCAUGGUCAGACAAGAAAGCACCGCAAGAAAAAACGUCGAGUAGUAAUCCACAGCAUCAUGAGAGAUGGGAAGCUGGUGGGAGUCCCUUUGAGUAAAGACACUCGCAGGAAGCUGCUGAUCCUGAGGAAGAGGAGGGGCAAACUGCAGGCUCAGUUCAACAGAAACAAGCUUCUGGCCCAGUUGAGAAAAAAGGGCUGCAUAAUGAAAGUGAAAGCCUGGUGCGGUGGCGCCGUCAAAGUUACCGGGCUCACCUGCAUGGAUGUCCCCCUCAAGCGUUUCCCCUGCCCCAUCUGCCCCAGCACCACCUACGCCAAACAGGGCUCCCUGCUGGUGCACCACGCCGUCAGGCACCCACCGAGGAACUCGGGCCGCCACGCCCGUCUGAGGUGCCAAGUGUGCGGGAGACGGACCUCCUCGUUACACAAGGCCUUGAGACACAGGGCCCAGCAUCUGAAGCAAGCCGCUUUCCAGUGCCACAGCUGCCACCACCGCUUCUGGAACCCUCGUCUCCUGGCCCGCCACAAGUUCUCCUGCAGGGGGCCGACCGCCGGCGGCACGGGCGAAACCUGGGAACUGACCAAGACGAGACCGCCGGCUCACGCCCAGUCGUUUCGGGAGCCUUCGCCAGUCCUGUUGACGAUUCCAGUUCUGGUCCAGCCUGAGAGAUCAACGGUUCUAACUGAGUACAGUCAUUGAAACAAACUGUUUUGUUUUGUUUUUAAUACUAGACUGUUUUUAUAUAUAUUUUUAAAUAAUCCAGGAUGAGAACAAGAGCUAGCAAGUUGUUAACAAAAACAUAAAAUAAACAGUGGUAGAGUGGGGAAGAUUUAGAAUAACUACAAAAUAUCCUGAUACUCCCAUGUGGAUAAACCUGUAUGCAGUCCAAAUGGACUACAGCAAAGGUGGUUGAUGAAAUGACACGGACUUCUAAAGACCUAAAGUAAAAACCACCCAAGCAUCUGCCUCUUCUUCCCGUAAAGUUCAUGAUUUUAACACCAUCUGUUAGAAAAAUAACUCAACUUUAGUUUCUGUCAUAGUUUUAGUCAGUUUCUCAUUUGAUGUGUUUGAACAUCAGAAAAACCAGAUGCUUGUAGAGGUGCGGUACCUCCGUUUGUUUUCACGUUAUUCACAGUUAAACAGUAUAGUCCUUGUCUAUUGCACUGUGUUUAUCCUUGGAAAAACUCACUUUAUAUACCAGUGUGACAUUUGACCUGAAGAUAAAUUAAUCUCUAGAGAUUUGAUACCAAGUAGUUAAUAAAAAUGGCCUUUGGCACAGUAUGCCAUUUAUUUAUCACAGAAAGCCAUGCUGGUUUCUGUACUGAGGUGAUUUAAAGGAGGUUUAUUUUUAUUUGUAUGUACACUACUUUUAUGUUUUAAAGACGUGGCUGAAGCUCAAGCACGACUCAAAACUGUUUAGGAUUUGAAAAGGACGAGAAAUAAAGUGUACUGUACAAUUUUAA